AUGUGGUCGCUGCGCGAAACCUUCGCUGCAGAGUAUGACAAGUACUUACUGCAGAGUUACGUGAACGAGAUUCGUAUUCUCGCGAUCAGAGACGAGGACGAGACGAAAGAGAAGAAAAUUCCGGCGUUUACUAACGUCAAGACUUUGCUUUGCCGCAAAAUGUAUGGCGACGUGUGUGUAACGGGGUGA